UAUAAAGGGUAUAUUACGGUAGAGCAUGACUCACAGACUACACAACAUGAGGCAAUGGCCGUACAGUGGCGGCCAGUGAAGUUCUACGCCUUCUCGCAAAAUCUAGAAUAUUCUUAAUACCCAUUUAUAUACCGUAGCCUAGAACCGUGUCAAAUGAGUUCAAAGUAACAGUCUCUCACUCGUAUAUCUUCACGGCGAAUAAAACAAAAAUACUGAGAUCGUGAUGGCUGAGGGUGAAGAUCACAGGCAACACCCUCGUAACCUACAGGGGAUCUUGCAAAUGGCUGUGGAGGCAGGCUCUGCCGCUGACGGAACUGCUCCCAGCGAGCCCAUGUCGGAUGAGAGAAAGGAGUGGCUGCGAGUAGCGUUGUCUGAGGCAUGCAAGGGACAGCACGACGAGGUGGAGCAGAUGAAGGAGUGUCUGGCCAUCCUGCGGAGAGAGGACGUCAGAGGAAGGGAAGGGCAGGAAGAGGAGGAGGAGGAGGAGGAGGAGAAGAGAGAAGGAGCUCUGGAGCUGCUCUCUGAACUCUGUGAGAACCUGGAUAAUGCUCGAGAUUUUAUGGUGCUGGGGGGUCUGGACCUGUGCCUGUCCCGAUGUCUGUCGCACCCCCAGGGCGGGGUCCGGUGGAGGGCGGCCCAGCUGCUGGCCUCCUGUGCUCAGAACAUGCCGGAAGUGCAGUGCCACUUACUGGGCCUGGAGGCGCUGUCCAAACUCCUGCGGCUCACCGACGCAGACCCCCAUCCCACGGUCAGGGUGAAGGCGCUGUACGCGGUGUCCUGUCUGGUCCGCGAGCAGGAGUCAGGGCUCAAGCUCUUCCUGUCUCUGGACGGGUUCUCUGUGCUGAUGCGAGGGAUGCAGUCGGACAGCGAGAAACUCCGGACCAAGUCUGCCUUCCUCCUGCUCAACUUACUGACCGCUCACCCCGAGCACAGAGGGGCGGUGCUCUCCAUGGGCAUGGUGCAGCAGCUGGUGUCUGUCCUCCGCACGCCCCACUCCUCCUUCCAUGAGCACGUGCUGGGGGCUCUCUGCUGCCUGGUGGAGGGGUGUGGCCAGGGGCUGCAGGACUGUCGCAACCCAGACCUGGGGCUGGAGGAGCUGCUGAAACACAAAGCCCAGGAGCUGCAGGGCAAGGAGGAGAGCCAGGAGGAGUUAGAGUUCUGUGAGCGUCUGUUGGCUGCUUGUUUCCGGGGCCAACGCCAUGACGACAACGGAAUGGACCGCUGAAAUUCCAUUGGUUACCACUGAAUCUGCCUUGCCCUCAUUGGUAUGGACAUUUCAGGAUUUAGGAAUCAUUAAAAGGGCCAUCAGUCAUUCUACUGACAUCGCUUAGUCAGCCAUUUUGAAACUUAUUGGCAUUUAUUUAUUCUGAAAGGCUGAAAACCCUUCUACAACCUGGCCGGAUUAUCAGUAUUUUAUUCGGGACAAUGUUCACAGUUGAUACUUUCUUGGGCUCUAUGAUAGACUCUGUUUACAUCCAGAUGACAUUUAUGUUAUUUUCAUUUUGCAGUUUUAUAAGGAUGGAUCUUUAUAGAAAUUCUGGUGGUUCUGGUUUGGAACCAUUAGUGGAGAAAGUGGUGUAAAGUGUAAAGUCUAUGGACUAUUUUAAUGUUCUCGAUUGCCUCAUGCAAAGUUGAAAAGAAUAAAUGUUUUUUUGAAACGCAUAA